AUGGUGGACUUAAUCAAAAAACACCCGCCAAUUGAAGUUACCACUCACAACAUUUAUUUCCAUGAAGACUCGCCUAUUCUGUCAAUGGACAUUCAUAACAAUAUGCUUGCGACUUGUGGAUUUGAUGGUGUGGUUCGUCUUUGGAGGCUCUUGUUUAAAAAAAUGAACUAUGACGACAAUGUCUACAAAACUGCCGUCAACUCCACCAUUCAAAUAGAAUAUCUAAAAGAUUUGGCUGGCUUCUCCAAACCAAUAAACUGUGUUAGAUUUUGCAAAAGCAAUCUUAGCUGUCCUUAUCUUUUAGCUGCCUGUGCAGAUGGUGGAAGAAUUAUACUUUAUACCGACAAAACAGAAUAUACAAUGCAGAAGGAUGUUGAAAACGAUGCAUAUGAUAUGUGCUGGUCUGAGAACCUAUUGUUCGUUGGCUUUGGAAGUGGCAGAAUUGACUGCUACAAAAUAGAAGUUAUGGAAGAAACUAGCAUCGAGCCAAGCAGUAUGAUGACAGACUCGACAGCGUGCCAAGAAAAUGCAAACAAUGCAGUAGCUAACAGUAUGAAGCAUGUGAUUAAAUCUGAGUUGGUGUUUUCACAAAAUAUCCACGAAAACACAAUACAAGGAAUUUCAUACAACAAAAAAUAUAAUCUCUUGGCAACAUAUUCAGUCGAUAAGACUUUGAAGGUCCAUAUGAUCCAUAAAAAUAAACUACAAUUAGUUAGCCAACUAGAUCAAAACCUAGAUACUUCGAGGGGGCUUUUCAAAAGAAUACUAUUUGAGGAGGAUCUUCUGCAUGUCUUUACCAAAAACAACACUCUAAGUAUCUUUGCGUAUCCCUUUAAACCAGCUCAUCUUCAGAAAAGGGUUGGGCCUCUGAAUUCAUCAAUUGUGAAAGUUGUGGCGGGACGAAUUAGAAACGAGGAUGCUUUGGUGAUCUGCACCAAGAAAAGCGCAUAUGUGCUUGUCCACAAUGAGUUAGAUUGCUGCGUUGACAAUGCCUGUUAUAUGGCAAUUACUGAUGCUAUCGUUGACAACAACACGGUGUUUCUGAGUUCGAUGGAUGGCUUUAUUUGCACAAUCCGCUUUUAG